AUGAAUUCGAACCAAACGUUAUUAACAACCGGUGAACCCCGUGUAGUUCGCCGACAACCUCGUGGUACGAUUAAUAGAAGAGCUUGUGAGAAAUGUCGUCAACUAAAAAUUAAAUGCGAUGGUGAUGCUGAAAAAGAUUUGCCUUGUUCAAAUUGUGAUGCUGGAACUUGUGUUUUUGAUAAGUCACCUCGAAAAAAUCGUCAAGUAGAAAAAUUGAACACACAAGUCAACAAUUUAGAAGUAUCUUUGAGACAAACUCAUGAUGACUUUCAACAAAAAUCGGAGAAACUUAAACAUACUAUUGAAACUUUGAAAAUGGAAAAACAAAUUCAAAGCCAGUUAUUUGAUUGUUACAAUUAUUUUAACAACAGUCAAGAAAACCAAGCUGUCUUUCAACAAUUGAGAAAAUCUAUUGAAGAAAGCAGAUGUGAACUCCUUUGGCUACAUUUAAUGAAAGCUUUUCUUGACAAAUUGUUACAAAACGAAAAUCCGGAUGUUAUAAUUUCAAAUUUAAAGGUAAUAGCUGAAAACUCAUUAGCCUUCCGUGAACCUGAAUCUUCUUUUAUGAUUACUCCACCGGAACUAAUCGAUGAGGUAAUAAGAAUGCAACAAACUUCUGAACUAAAUAAUUCUUCGACAAAUACUGCUACUUCAAUGUCUGGAUCGGUUUCUCCAUCGCCUUCACUGGUAACGAAUGGAAUGGCGAGUGGAAUUGCUACUAUGUCAUUACGAUCACCGAUACCCGGCACUGGAUCGGAUGAUGGUUCAGAAAUUAACUCCCCGUUCGCUGCUUCGACAUCUCCAAUAUUUCCGAGUCCUGAUGCUCAAUACUACUCUCAACAAAAUCCGUAUCUAUCACCAUUACUUGGAAUUCCACAAAAUGUUGCUCCUAAUGCCGCCGGAACUCUCGAUUUAAAUUAUAUGGAUGUGAUUCCAAAUAAUUCUUUUGGUGUUUAUUACUCUGAUCAAAGUGAACAAUAA